CGUUCGCUCGCGCUCGCCAGGGUCGCUGCCCCGCUUCGCCUGUGAAUGUGUUGAGCCGACAGCUGCUGCAUUUCUCCCAGAUUCCGUUAAUUUGGGCCUGUUUGCAAGAUUUCUGCCGCUGAUAUCUACAGUUCCUGACGCCGGAGCUGCAGCCACCCGCGUGGCGCGGCUGUGACAGUGGACGUGCGCCGGCGUAUGGCGCUCGGCCGCCGCGCCUCAGUGCAGUGACAUGGCCGAGGACUUUUCCAAGUCGCGCGCGGCGCCGCCGGCCGGGCCGCGCGCCUAUGAGCCGCCGCCGGCCGGCUGGCGGCCCGGCAAGCCCAACUCGCCGCUGACUGGCGAGCGGCCGGACAGCCGCGGCCAGGCGCCGCCGCCGCCGCGGCCGUACCCGGCGGGCGCCGGCGGCCUGCCGUUGCCGCACCCGUUCCCCGGGUUGCCGCUGACGCACCUGAUGCAGCACUGGGUGCCGACUCCGGUGUCGCGCGCCGGACUCUACCAGCUGCCCGGAGCGCCCGGCGGGAUUCCAGUGGCCGAGGAGCUGCUGCAGCAGCAGCUGGAGCGGGAUCAGCGUCUGCUGGCGCAGCACCGGCAGCAGCAGGCGCAGCAGCAGCAGCCGCCGCCCAUCUCCAGUCGGGAAGCGGCCGAGAAGCAGCAGCGAGAGGCGGAGAAGCAGCAGCGCGAAGCGGAGAAGCAGCAGCGCGAAGCGGCCGAGCGGCUGCGUCAGGAGGAGGAGCGCAAGAAGCAACAGCAGGCUGUCUCACAGCACUUCGCUGAGAGCAUGCGGCUCAUGCAGCAGAAGGGUCGACUGGGCUCGGCUCCCCCGGGUUCGUCCGCCGGCGGCCUGCCGGGCCUGCCUCCCGCUCCCCCCAGCGGCCGGUACAGCGACCUCCGGCCGGGCGACGUCUCCUCCGAGCCGGAACGGAUGAUCCACGACCGCAUCCACCGGCUCUACCAGAGCACCGAGCCGGCCGGGCAGCACAAGCCGGAGCCGGCCGGGCCGGCGGCGGCCGCUGUCCGCCCCGGCUACCCGGGGCCCGACUACCUGGCCUCCUACUACGAUCAACUCAAGGGUGUGCAGAUGCACGCCGCCAAGCCGCCGCCGCCGCAGCCGCAGCCGGUGGCCGAUCGUCACAGCCCGUACCUGCCAGCAGCCCCUCCCGGUCAGCCGAGCUACAAGCCGCCGAUGUCGCACCCUCCGCACGGCCGCUCGCCGGCGCCACCGGAGGCCCGUCUGCCGCCGCCGCCGCGGCCCGUGCCGGCGCACGGCGGCGAGCGCAGCUGCUCGCCGUACCUGCCGCCGGCGCCGGCGGUACCGCCGCCCCCGCACCGCUCCGUGUACUCACCGCCGGCGGGUCUGACGGGCGCCGGCAGCCGGCCGCCGCCCCCGGCUCACGGCGGCCGCCGGCCGGCCACGCCGCCCACUCAGCACCAGACGCUCGACCUGAGCGUGGGCUCGCGCGCCGCCGCCGCCGGCCGCGAGUCGCCCAAGAGGCCGGCCUCCACCCCGGUGCUGAACCUGGGCGUGUCGCCCGCCAAACGGCCGCGUCCCGAGGAGCAGCAGUCACAGCAGCAGCAGCAGCCGCCGGCGAGCCGGCCCGACGAGCCUCUGGCUCUGGUGGCCAACCCAGUCCGCUCCUCGGCCAGCCCGGCGCCUGUGGUUCGCGAGCGCGACUCAUGGUCGGCGCCGCCCGCUCCGCCGGCACCGGCGGUCAUCUCAUCGGCCUCCGCGCCGCCGUCAGGCACCUCUUCGCCGGCGCCGGCCGACGUGGCUGUCAAGGUGGAACCGGUCGAUACUCGGCCAUCCACCUACACACACAAACUGAAGAAGAAAUGGCUGCAGCGACACGCCGGCGGCGACACCGAGUCGACACCGUCCAGUGUGAACGGCUCGUCAAACCCACCGGCCGAACUGCCCAACGGUAGCGCUGAGGGCGUCAAACCAGUCAUCAAGGUGUCGCCACCGAGCAGUGUAAAGUCGGAGCCGGCCGAGUCGGAGGCUGCCGCGUCUCCGGCGCCUACUCCGACCGUCAGGUCGACCCCGCCGUCACCGCCGUCGGCGCCCGAGCCGAAACCGGCGGCGGCAGUGAACGGUGACGGUGACUCGGAUAGUUCUGACAGCACACCGCCGGCCAAGCGGAAACCGGCGCCGCGCCGCAAGCCGCCCAAAAAGGCCGCCCUGGAGAUCGCUGCCGCUGUGACCCCGCCGCGUGAGGCCAAGCGCCAGAAGGUGUCGGACGCCAGCGACUCAGAUAGUGAUAAGGGUAGUGAGGAGGACGACACGCCCACCCGUGAUGUCAGGAGACAGGACACCAAGUCGGCCAAGAAGCGCGGCCGACGCACCAAAGAGAAGCCGGCCAAGACACCAAAGCGUCCCGCGAAGCCAGAAAAGAAGGAACCGUCGCCACCCAAGAAGGUAGAAUCCUUCAAGAGGCCGUCUAUAUCCAAGCUGAAGAAGUCAGGCGCGAGUUUUGUGCAGAACCAGUCAUGCUGCGACCUCUCGUCGAAAUUACCCAAGUGUCGCGAGUGUCGUAUCACCCAGGGUCAGCGAAAUAAGAAGCUGAGCAACUGCUGUCGGUUCACGUCGUUCCGCCGGCUGCGGUACACCAAGUCUGGCGUUCUGACGGUGGCAGGCUUCUGCGACCCGGAAAAGGAUGCCGAGGAGGAGGACAAGCGUCUGUGGCUGCCAGCCGAGCGCGGCCAGUCGCCGCCGGCUCCGCAGAUGCAGACUGAGGUGGCACGCCUCCUGCUGAACCACGCCAGCAACCAGUUCUGCGAGCUGGUCGGCGUCGAGCAGGAGGCGGCGCGGAGGCACAUGAACACCGACAAAACAGUCGCCUGGAAACGGGUCGUGCACGGCUACGGCGAGAUGUGUGACGUGUGCGAGACGAGUCUGUUCAACGUGCACUGGGUGUGCUCCAAGUGCGGGUUCGCCGUGUGCAUGGACUGCUACCGCACCCGGCAGGAGGGCACGGUGCGGGCGGGCGUCGAGCCGGGCCGCGACCGCGACCGGUUCCAGUGGAUGCUCUGCAGCAGCCGGCAGCCGCACGACCAGCAGCGGCUGAUGCUGACUCAGAUUGUCACCGGUGACGCGCUCUCGUACCUGGGCAGCCGGGUGCACGACGCCCGCCGCCGGGCCGGCAUGGCGCUGGUGUGCCAGUGUGAGUCGGCCCGUCGCCCGGAGCCCUCCGAGACGGCCGAACUGUCGAACGGAGCGCGCCACAAGCUGGACGAGUACGACGGCGGCGACCAGGACGACGACAAAAAGGGAUCGCCGCUCACCCUGCUCGCCAACGUGGCGCUCUACGACUCCAAGAAAAACUCGGACGUCUCCAACAGUGAGAGCGAGACGGAGGGAGGAGACAAGGAGGUGGAUCUGUCCACGCUGCGAAACCUGCUGCUGCGAACCACAGAGGGAGGCCAGCUACAGGAGAAACCCAACUCCAAAAAUGAUCGCGCCAAGACACCGGGCGACGCCGCGCUCGCAGCGCUGGAGGAAACCUUCGAUAAGUCUCCGAGCGGCCAGCCGGGCUCGCCGGAGCAGCUCGAACUCAAGUACUUUGUGCGUCGGGAGGCGCCGCGGCCGCGCGCGGCCCGCCUGCCGCCGCGUGUGAUGACGCCCAGUGAGUCUCAGCGCCAGUACCCGGACGUGCGUCACGGCUGGCUCUGUGACGGCCGGCUGCUGCGGCUCACCGAACCGGACGCGGCCGGCGCGCUGCGCCUGUUCCGCGACCAGUGGCGGCGCGGCCAGCCAGUCCUCUGCUCGGGCGUCAGCAGUCGGCUGGACGCCACCAUCUGGACGCCCGACUCGUUCUCCCGCGAGUUCGGCGAGGAGCAGUCGGAAACGGUGGACUGCACGAGCGGCGCGCCUCAGGCAGCCCAGCCGCAGCGCCGCUUCUGGGACGGCUUCACGGACCGGUCGCAGCGUCCGCGCGACGACGCCGGCCAGCCGCGCCUGCUGCGGCUCCGCGACUGGCCGGCCGGCGAGGAGUUUGCCGAUGUGAUGCCGGCGCGCUACAAUGACCUGAUGACCGCGCUGCCGGUCACCGAGUACACGCGGCGGGACGGCCGCCACAAUCUGGUCGGCUGUGUGCCCGAGUGUUUCGUGCGGCCUGACUUGGGUCCGCGGCUGCACGCGGCGUACGGCAGCGCGGCCUCGGCGGCGGCCACCUGCCUGCGUCAGGACGUGUCCGACUCGGUCAAUGUGCUGGCGUACGUGGUCGGUGCUGAGGCGAGCGGGGAGGACGAGGCAGAGGUUCAGCGCGCUGUCGAGGAGGCCGGCUGUGACCCGCUCACCAAGCGCCGUGUCAAGGAGGAGCGCGCCGGCGUCAUCUGGCACAUCUACCACGCGGCCGACGCUGACAAAAUACGGGACCUGCUUAACAAGGUGUCUGUGGAGCGCGGCGAGGAGGCCGACCGGGAGCACGACCCGCUGCUGGAGCCCACCUGGUACCUGGACGGACCGCUGCGGCGCCGGCUGCACGCAGAGUACGGCGUCUCCGGGUACGCGGUACUCCAGUGCCAGGGCGACGCGGUGUUCGUGCCGGCCGGCGCGCCGUACCAGCUGCGGCACCUGCGCUCCUGCAUCAGCGCCUCGGUCGAGUUUGUCUCACCGGAGAAUGUUGGCGUGAGCUUCGAGCUGACGCAGCAGCUGCGCGCGGCGGCUGUGGCCGCGGCCGCUGCCGAAGGAGCCGGCGCGCAAACCGCCGGCCACGAUGACAAGCGGCAGAUCAAGAACAUCAUCUACCACGCCAUGAAGGAGGCGGUGUCCUGCCUGCUGCGGGGCGGGGGCGGAGGCGGGGGCGGCUCGCCGCCGGCCGGCGCCAGCUAGGGGUGAUCUCUGGGCAGUGGAGGCCGCCGGCCGGCGCCCGGUCCGCCCCAUCGGUGAUCUCUCGCGCGCGGCCCGCGCACUGGCCGCACCGCGCGGCGGCGUACAAAACGGGGCCGGGCCGGGCGCGCGGCCGGCGGCCACAGGCAGUCUUUCAGCGCCCGCUGGCCGCGCUGGCGGUUGGACCGGCAGAUUCCGUGUGUCCGUCGGCGCUACCAUUGUACCAUGCUGUGUGUAUGUGUAUGUGUGGGUGUGUGCGAGUGUUCUGUGUGUUCGCGCGCGUCGCUGUGGGUUGUUUUCGCCCGGCCGCCGCCGGGGCCGGGCCGGGGAGUUGUUUCGAUGUUGGGCCGCUGUCGUUUCCAGAGCCGGCGCUCGGCCGGCGGGCAUUGUCGUUACGUUCUGCAGCAGAUGUACUGCUGACGCGUGCUGUCGUCACGCCGGCCUGUACAAUGUACAAUGUACAGAACUCCGUGUAUGUACCGGGCAGGGCCGCGUGCGCCGCGACGCGCCGGUCACCGCCACCGUUCUGUCGUCUGUGUUCACUGUAUAGUGUGGCUCGUGUAGUUUUCCAAAAUAUAUGCUGUUCAAUUGGA